CUCCCGGCCGCGCCGGCGUCUGGUGGGUCCGCGGCUAUAAAGCUGGCGGAGGGGAGGCGUCGCGACCUGUCUUCUGGCUGCUGGCUCCCUCUGAUCCGUGCUUUCCCGGGACCGUGUGGCUCUUUCACCAUGCCUGGGUCGCUUCCCUUGAAUGCAGAAGCUUGCUGGCCAAAAGAUGUGGGAAUCGUCGCCCUGGAGAUCUAUUUUCCAUCUCAGUAUGUUGACCAGGCAGAGUUGGAGAAAUACGACGGCGUCGAUGCCGGCAAGUACACCAUUGGCUUGGGCCAGGCGAAGAUGGGCUUCUGCACAGACCGAGAGGACAUCACCUCUCUCUGCAUGACCGCUGUCCAGAACCUGAUGGAAAGGAACAGCCUUUCUUAUGACUGCAUCGGGCGGCUCGAGGUUGGGACCGAGACGAUCAUCGACAAAUCCAAGUCUGUGAAGAGUAAUCUGAUGCAGCUGUUUGAGGAGUCUGGGAAUACAGAUAUCGAAGGGAUAGAUACAACCAACGCGUGCUAUGGGGGCACGGCUGCGGUGUUCAAUGCUGUUAACUGGGUUGAAUCUAGCUCUUGGGACGGACGGUAUGCCCUGGUGGUUGCAGGAGAUAUUGCUGUCUAUGCCACGGGAAAUGCCAGGCCUACGGGUGGGGCUGGAGCCGUGGCGCUGCUAAUUGGGCCAAAUGCCCCUUUAAUUUUUGACCGAGGGCUUCGUGGGACACACAUGCAGCAUGCCUAUGACUUCUACAAGCCUGAUAUGCUCUCCGAGUACCCUAUUGUAGAUGGAAAGCUCUCCAUACAGUGCUAUCUCAGCGCGUUAGACCGCUGCUAUUCUGUCUACCGUAAAAAGAUCCGUGCCCAGUGGCAGAAAGAGGGAAAUGAUAAAGAUUUUACCUUGGAUGAUUUUGGCUUCAUGAUCUUUCACUCACCAUACUGUAAACUGGUUCAGAAAUCUCUGGCUCGGAUGAUGCUGAAUGAUUUCCUUAAUGACCAGAAUAGAGAUAAAAAUUCUGUCUAUAGUGGACUGGAAUCCUUUGGGGAUGUUAAAUUAGAAGAUACUUACUUUGACAGAGAUGUGGAAAAGGCAUUUAUGAAGGCCAGCUCUGAACUCUUUAAUCAGAAAACAAAGGCUUCUUUGCUUGUAUCGAAUCAAAAUGGAAAUAUGUACACCUCUUCAGUAUAUGGCUCCCUUGCUUCUGUUCUAGCACAGUACUCCCCCCAGCAGCUGGCAGGAAAGAAGAUCGGAGUGUUCUCCUAUGGCUCUGGCUUGGCCGCCACCCUGUACUCUCUCAGGGUCACGCAAGAUGCCACGCCAGGGUCCGCUCUUGACAGAAUAACAGCAAGUUUAUGUGAUCUUAAGUCGAGGCUUGACUCAAGAACGUGUGUGGCACCUGAUGUCUUCGCCGAAAGCAUGAAGCUCAGAGAGGACACCCAUCACUUGGCCAACUAUAUCCCCCAGUGCCCCGUAGACUCCCUUUUUGGAGGAACAUGGUACCUAGUUAGAGUGGAUGAGAAGCACAGAAGAACCUACGCACGCCACCCCUCUCCAAACGAUGACACUUUGGGCGAAGGAGUAGGACUGAUUCAUUCCAGCACAGCCACGGAGCACAUCCCAAGCCCUGCUAAGAAGGUGCCGAGACUUCCUGCAUCAGCAGCAGAGCCUGGAGCAGCUGUCAUUAGCAACGGGGAACACUGAGUACUCUGUGGGGCGCACGAUGUCAUGGUGGGGUGGGGGGGCUGGAGAGGGUGGAGGGGUGCGGUGUCUGGGACAGUUUUAAAGGGUUACACGUUGCUUAAAUUUUUGUGACUGACACAACCUAUGGAAGUAUUUGUGCUCUUGGAACGUCUCUGCUCAGUUUGCUGACGCGUUGCCCUUUGUGGUCUGGCCAAUGCUGAGUGUACUGGAAUGAUGUUAAGGGCUCUUAGAAUUUAGGCAUCUCUGGCCAUUUAUAUGCAUGAAGUCGAGUUUUUAAACAUGAUGCGAAUCAUGUGCUUUUGUCAGAAGAAAGCAGAGGUACUAGUCUCAAAUUUAAAUUUUUUUUUAAAGAUGUAAGAAUUUUAUACUUUGAACAAACAAGAUUAAUGAAAGUACAUGUGGUUUUUGACAAACUUUUCUAGCUUAGGAAAUGGGGUCUUAAAAUAUAUUAUGAACAAACCUUGUUUGGUAAGAUAAACAUGCUUUUCUAGGAUUAGACAUUGUAACGAGGGAGAAAAGAGGACACAGUGACACUGGUGCUGGACCCUGGGCCAUUGCUUGGUGUCCAGGCUGGCAGCGACAGGCUACUGUAACAACCUCUGAACAGAGAUGCAGUGUUGAGUGGCUUCCACACAGAAAACCUGGCUCAUAGCCGUGGCUGUGGCUGUGGCAUUGGUCGCUGUGGAUCAGCGCACAGUGGCUUGUCACACUCCCAGCCUUCGUGUGUUGGGGUGUGUGUGAGGAAGCCUGUGUUUGCGGUCUUUCUCUGCACUGUUUUGUAAAAGAUACAGGAAACAUUUUUGGCUGCCUUUUAAAAAUUUAGAGGAUGGGUCAGGGCAUUAUUAGAUUACCUUUGCUUCAGUGUUACAAAUUUAAUUUUUAGACUGACAAAUUCAUGGUGUAAGAGUUAUUUUGUUUAUUGUGUGUGUUUUAUGUGUGUGUUUUUAUGUGUGUCUGUUCAGUGAAACUAAAAAAGUGCAACUCAAGUUGUGACAUAGUCUGGCUAGCCAAAAAGAGUAUUCUGCUUCGAAGUCUGGAAGUAGGAUUUAUAAAGCUUUUCUUAGACUUCCAACCUAAAAUAAAUAAAUAAAUAAAUAAAUAAAUAAAAGAAAAAAAAAACUGUCAUGUGGGAUAAAAAGAUUGGUUGGAACGUUGUAUAGCUGUUUUUGGUGCUGAACUAUGACAUGAGCCUUAUAGAUUGUAAAAUAGAGAUAGUUGGAACUAAUGUACAGAGCUAAAUUUUUUAAAAAUGUUAUUAGCUGUUAAAUUCUGUGAAGUUUCAGUUAUCUAAAAUAACCAUUCACAAAUACGAAAUGUAACAUUUUGGACUGCAAGGUUAUGUGUAAUGGGGUUAUGAGAUACGCCUGUCUGACGUGAACUCUACCUUCUGCCUUGUACAGCCCUAAUUUGUUAAAGUGACUUCAUUUUAAUGUCCGCUUGUGUAGAUUAUGUAAGAAGAAUGGUGGGGAAGUGGUGCAUGUAAUACCUUCGCAAGUGCUGGGAGUUCAGUCAAGAAAUGGCUUUCUCAGGGCCCAUUGCCGGCAGUGGGUAAGCCUGGCAGUGCUGGCACAGGACAUUGACCACAUGCCUCGCAGCCAGUGAGGUGAACCACUUUGAAAUAAAGUUUCAGAGAGAUA